CUUCUCUAAACAUAUUUUUUCCUACUAAAAUCACACAUAUAAAUAUAUAUUCGCAUACAGUGUACAUAUAUUCAAAUUAAAUAAUGGCACCAGGACGCAACAACACCGCAGGCAAGAAGAACGCACAGAAGGCUGCCCCUAAGGCUGCCCCUAAGGCUGCCCCUAAGAUUGCCCUUAAGGCUGCGCCAAAGCCCAUACAGAAGGCCGUGCCGAAUAAGAAGAAGGGAUCCGUGACACAGGCCCCCAUUGACGAAGAUAUGUCAGAUUCCGAAAUUGAUGAGGAUAAUGGCUCAGAUAUCGAGGAGACGAUCUACGAAAUGUCCGACGACUCUGCAAUCGAAGAUGUCUCUGACAGCGGUGAAGAGGACUAUGAGGAGGAGGAGGAGGACAACAUCAGCGGUGACGAUGAAGACAUCGAGGCAGCCAACGAGGACAGCGAGGGAUCCGACAGCGAGAUCGACGAGGCCGCACUCCUGGCGGGCAUCAAGGAUAGCGACAUUAGCGAGUCCGAGUCCGAAGGCGAGGAUGACUUUAGCAAGAACAUGGGCAAGAUCGAGCUAGACAGCAAGGUCAGUACCAAGCUGAUGGACCGCCUAAGCAAGAUUAAAUCUCGCAAGGGUAAGCCCGGCGUCCUCUACAUUGGCCGCAUCCCCCAUGGAUUCUACGAGGAAGAGAUGCAAGGUUACUUUGGACAGUUUGGCGAUAUCAAGCGCUUGCGCUUGUCGCGUAGCCCCAAGACGGGCGGGUCCAGGCACUAUGCGUUCUUGGAGUUUGCUCACGCCGAGGUGGCCAAGAUUGUCGCUGAUACUAUGAACAACUACUUGAUGUUCGAUCGUUUGCUCAAGUGCUCGGUUGUUCCCGAGGAUAAGGUGCAUGAUAAGCUGUUUACUUGCAGGUUUAGGAAGGCCGCUAAGAAGCAGCAGGAGAAGCAGAGCAGGCCCAAGACUAUGGAUGAGGUCAACUCGCAGAUCAGCCGUCUUGUCAAGUCUGAGAACAAGAAGCGCUCGAGACUAGCCGCUGCUGGUAUUGACUAUGAAUUCCCCGGAUACAAGGAGCUGAGAGCGCCCAAGGCUAAGCACACCAAGUUUGCUGCCUAAGGACUAUUUACCCACAAAAUUUUCUUCUCUUUUCUUUACUUUUUAUUUUUUCUUCAAAUCAAUAUCUAAACCAAAGCUG